CAAUCGAGCCUGCACACGUGAAUGAUGUGACUCAACAUUAUGAAUUCUUGGGUCCAUCUAAAAAGCAUCAACAACGUCAGCGAGGCUACAGCAGGUGUCCGGGAAGCAGUACCAUGGAGAUGCCAUUGUGAGAGUGAAGAGUAAACACAUGUUUGUAUGAAGAUGGAUGUUUAAUUGACUGCUAGACACAUAUGAUUUGUUGGGAGUAAAAAUCAGGAUGUCUGUGAUCACAUUGCAACUUGGUCAGUGUGGGAAUCAAGUUGGAGGACAACUCUUCCAGACUUUCAUGGAGGAUAUUCUCAUCAAACCCUCACAGACACAGGUACCUCCUGAUAAGAAUCAGGCCUACAAAGAUGAGGUUUUGUCUCGAUUUUUCUACAAUGAUCACAUUAAAGAAAGUGUUCCUGAGGCAAGAGCAGUUAUGGUUGACAUGGAGCCCAAGGUGAUAGCCCAGACAUGCAGUGAUGCUAAGAAAACAGGCCAAUGGAUGUAUCCUGCCAAACAGCAACUUUGUCAGCAGAAAGGAUCUGGAAAUAACUGGGCGCAUGGCUAUUGUAUCCAUGGCCACGGGCAGGAAGUCAAGGUCAUGGAAAUGGUCCAAAGAGAGGCUGAGAAAUGUGAUAAUCUUUCAGGCUUCCUGUCUUUGAUGAGUGUUGCUGGAGGUACAGGGUCUGGUGUUGGGGCUUACAUAACAGAGUGUAUCAAGGACGAGUUUCCUCAUUCUUUUCUCCUCAAUCAAGUGGUCCUUCCUUACAGUAUGGGCGAGGUGAUCGUACAGAACUAUAAUGCUGUGUUGACCCUGUCACAUCUAUACCGUACGGCAGAUGCCCUCAUUGUCAUGGAAAAUGACCACAUCCAGAAGAUCUGUUCACAGCUCCUAGACCUCAAGAAGAUAUCCUUCCGUGACAUCAAUAAAGUUAUAACACACAAGCUGGCUAGUGUAUUACAGCCAGUGUGUGUAGACAAAUAUCCUGGCUACUCCUGUCAGAACACCCUAGGAGAGCUGAUGGAGCACUUGGUCCCACACAGUGAUUACAAACUGCUAACAGUGAAGAACAUUCCCCAGAUGUCUGAGGCAGCUAUGACCUUCUCGUCCUACCAGUGGCAUGGACUACUAAAACACCUGAGGCAGAUGCUUAUUGCUGAUGCUGCCAUGGAGGAAGGUAUAAACUGGCAGGUGAAGUUAGGAGAUGAAACACCACGCGGGAGUACCCGCCACAACCUGUCUCUUGCCAACUUUCUGGUGUUGCGUGGUAAGGAUGUGGCAACAGCUGAUACCUCUAUGUUUACUGACUCUUCAUUGUAUGCCCCAUGGGUACCCCCAGGUGCUUGUCUCCUCACUGGUGCUCAGCCUCGUCUUUUCAGCAACUACGAGAAGAGUGCCUCUUUAGUGUCAAACAGUCGGACACCAGUACGGACAUUGGACCAUAUAGUGGAUAAGGCAUGGAGUAUGUUCUCAUCACGUGCCUAUGUACAUCAGUAUGUACGCCAUGGAUUAGCAGAAGAGGACUUCUUAGAUAGCUUUGUAACUUUGGAACAAGUAAUAGCAAGCUAUAGCAAUUUAUGACAGGAAUAUUUCAUAGCCAGCUAGAGGAAGUUAUAACAGGCAUAUUUCAUAGCCAGCUAGAAGUUAUAACAGGCAUAUUUCAUAGCCAGCCAGAAGUUAUAACAGGCAUAUUUCAUAGCCAGCUAGAAGUUAUAACAGGCUUAUUUCAUAGCCAGCUAGAAGUUAUAACAGGCAUAUUGAAUAGCCAGCUAGAAGUUAUAACAGGCAUAUUUCACAGCCAGCCAGAAGUUAUAAUUGGCAUAUGUCAUAGCCAGCUAGAAGAAUUUAUAACAGGCAUAUUUCAUAGCCAGCCAGAAUUUAUAACAGGCAUAUUUCAUAGCCAGCCAGAAGUUAUAACUGGCAUAUUUCAUACCCAGCUAGAAGAAGUUAUAACAGGCAUAUUUCAUAGCCAGCUAGAAGUUACAACUGGCAUAUUUCAUAACCAGCCAGAAGUUAUAACUGGCAUAUUUCAUAACCAGCUACAACAAUGAUCAUGAUACUAAUUCAUUGUCUGUUACAACUGUUUACAUGUAUGACAGUCUGUAAUAAAUUGAUUGACAAAUUACAUUUCAUAUUCAGUUAAAGAUUGAAAAAUAUGACAGUGUUUUUGUCCUAGGUCCUAACCCAUUAUGAUAACAAUCACUAGCCGUAUCCAUUAUAGUUACAAGUCAGAGACAGAAACAUCUGCAGUAAUGAUCACUGAUGCUGUGUCCCAGUUAUACACAAGUUACAAGUCAGAGGCAGAAACAUCUGCAGUAAUGAUCACUGAUGCUGUGUCCCAGUUAUACACAAGUUACAAGUCAGAGACAGAAACAUCUGCAG